AUGCGCACCCUUAAGCUCGUUGUUGUCGGCGCGUCGGGCGUCGGCAAGACCAGCCUCCGCAACCAGUAUGUUUCGGGAAGGUUCACGACGGGCUAUCGCGCGACGAUCGGCGCGGAUUUCAUCACGAAGAGCGUGCCGCACCAUGGCAACCCUGACGAGCUGGUCACGCUACAGAUCUGGGAUACCGCCGGCCAAGAAAGGUUUUCAAGCCUGUCAUCUGCAUUUUUUCGUGGAGCGGAUGCGGUGUUGCUCAUGUUCGACGUGAACCAGCCGCAAACACUAGAGGCUCUGCGCAAAUGGUGGGACGACUUUCGAGACAAGGCGCCGGUGGCGGACGAUGAAGUGGAUAGCUUCUGCUCUGUAUUCGUAGGCAACAAGAUUGAC